AUGGACCUAUUAGACGAUACCUGGGACCUUCCGGUAACCAAGAACAUCAACAGAGAUUUAUUCUCGAGUUACGAGGACGGAGAGAGCUUUGACGUGGACAGUUUUCUUCUGGAUAACAAUUUUCAUUAUGUUCCGUUAGACACGCUUUGCGAAGAUUUGACGUCUUUGACGCGAGAGAUGGAUCAUGCAUUGCUGGAUGCCUCAAGCGAGAGCUACAAAGAUUUCAUCAAGCUCUGCGACCAAUUUUCCGAUACCGUUGAUACCAGACCUGAGCUCCAAAAUGUGAAAUUGGAGCUAACUCAGUUUCUAAACAAAUUACGCGGACUAACAGAAACCGACAUUUUAAACACCCAGGAGAUCAUAAAGGAUACUGUGGACUAUCUUGAAACCCUGGACAAGCUUUCUGCGGUGAUAGCGGACGCAACAGGCCUCAACACAGGUCUUCAGCUGGCCGAAAAGCUAAGUAACGUCCUGAACUCGCUAUGUGCCAAUACCAGCCAAAAGAGCUUGGAAUACACUCUUUGCGGCCAAGUGCUUACGCAAUUACAUCAAUUGACUACAAAAGCGUACACCACGCUGGAAAACUUGCAGCAAAACGACUCACCUCUGAUGCUUCAGCUAAGAUCCGAGUAUCACAGCAUCAUCGCUCAGUUCCGAGCAUGUCUUCACGUGCUGUGUGAUAAAUGUGUUGCCAAUCCUAACGAAACCAAAGAGCUGGCGGGUCAGUUGUCAAACCUGCUUUCAAAAGAACGACAGGCGUAG